AUGGGAAAGAGAAAGGAGCGUAGACUGACGGUGAAGACUAGAGUUAAUAGAAGAGUAAAAUUCGAUCUUAUAGCAGAACCCUCUGGUCAAAAGCCAGAAAAUCCUCUUUUGUUGCUUGGACAAUAUAGCGAUGAGGAAUUGGAGGAUGAAUCUGGUAAAGAAAUGAGCCAUGAUACUAGAGAGAAUUCACCAGUCGAGCUUGAUGAACAAGUAAAGACAGACAGUGAUGCGGGUACAGAAGUAGAUAAAGAUGAAAAUCUUACAUGUGAAAAACCUGAUCAAGAGAAGAAAGAGCACUCUUCUUCAUUGGAUGUGUAA